AUGCAUUAUACACACAUAACAUUCGCGCUUCUAUUUUGCGCGCUGGCGGUGAACUUUCGCGCGAGUGAAUCACAGUUAUCGCAAGACACGUUUAACAUUGCACAAGCCAAGAAAAUUACUGCGAGUGCAACCUGUGGAUAUGAUCUACCGGCAGGCCAAAACCAAGAGCUGUUCUGUAAACUAGCAACUGUUCCUGGGAAAUUCGGCAUAGAUGGCUUAGAAUGUGGUGAAUGUAAUCCCAAGGUAACGUCAAAAGACCAUCAAAUUAAAUACGCUAUUGAUGGCACAGAAAGAUGGUGGCAGAGUCCACCGCUGUCAAGAGGAUUACAAUACAACGAAAUAAACAUUACGAUAGAUUUGGGUCAG